AUGACGGGUGAUAAGAAAGAUCUCGAGAACCCAGGCCCGGUUCGGCCGGCGAUGACUAGCAGUGACGACGUCGCAGGGUCUUCGGGUCCUGCAAAGCCGACGCCCUCGGUACGGAGAAACUAUGGGACCCUCGAUGCGCAUUCCACCGACACAACAUCCGAGGCGCGUCUGGAAGAAGAAGACGACUUCUUCAGUCACGCUCUGACAUCAACUGCAGCUCCAGAUCGUCCCAGGAAACCCUCGGUGACACGUCGCAUGUCGUCCAAACGACAGGUGCCUAAAAAGGGACAGGAGUUCUCCACUGAUGAUGAUGUCAAAGAGGUUGAGGAAGAUUUAUCCCUGCAGCUGGCUCCCACCACUCCUCAGUCGCCCAGGCUUCGUCCCUUACGUGCUCAGAGCUCUACCUUGAGGCGGAGGCCGAGUGUUCGCCCCAGUCCACUCGCAAGGGGAGACUCGGACAAUCUAAGCGGGGAUGAGACCGGCAUGCCGGACCCGAUGGAGGCAUCGGGCGAGCUGCCUUCUAUUCGGCUAUCCGAUGAAGAAAGCGAUGCCGACAGCGCCAACGGAGUCGAAGACGUCGAGGAGGGUGAAGGCGAGACUAGCGAUGCCGAAAGCUUUACUCUGAAGGACCGACAGCAAGCCAUCAACGAAACCCAUCCAUUCGGUAUCAGGAUCUGGAAGCCAGCAGUGUAUAAAAAGAGCCGCUCCGUCGAAAAGACUGCUGACGGGGAUAUCCAUUCAUCCCCCGGCGGUCGUGUCCCUGGACUAGUAUUUUGGGGCAACUUCUUGUGGUGUUUGGUUUUUGGAUGGUGGCUUGCUCUUGCUUCCCUGCUGGCUGCGGCUGCCUGCUUUUCCUUUGCCUACUCAUCCAGUGCGGUGGCGUAUGGUCGAGUCUUCUGGGGUCUAGCACGAUAUUUGUUUUACCCAUUUGGUUCCUUUGUUCUCUUGGAAAGUGACGAACACUACGCGGAAGAAGACGAAGGUGAAGGGCGCAGUAUUAGUGAAUAUGAACAGUGGCAGAACGGCGAUCUAGAAUACGGUCGUCUCUUCUUCGGGCCUCGCAGAGAUCGCUCGCUGGUUGGCCGUCGACGAAACAGCGUGGAUUCGGCCGGCGAACAAGAUAGCCUUCUGGGCCGGCCCCAGCGGGGGCAAGGCGACGACUUGCAAUUCAAUCAUUCGAAACGCCGUCUCUUUGGUCGUGGCGAAUGGACCCUCGGCCGCGUGGUGUUUUUCGUGUUUUUCUACUUCCUUGUGGGCCCGUUGAUGCUCGUGGCGUCCCUCGUCUGUUGGCUUCUGGUCUUCUGGAUCCCGAUGGGCCGAGUAACCACUAUCCUGGCGAGUCAUCUUAGACGCCAUCCUCUUGCUCUUUCGUUUCAUUCCGAUUCUUCCUACGCUAGACUGAGCACUUCUGCAUCGUCGCCAUCCGUCCUGCUGUGUACCUAUCGAGCUGCCGGUACAAGAUACUGGAAGUACACAAUUGACGGUACAAACAUUUUCUUCAUCAAUCUGCUCGGGCUGGUCGUCUUCGUUAUCGUCGACUACCAUUUCCUGAGCAAAUUCUUGGGCAUGCAAAGCUGGCUGACGCACCCGGGUCUAAUAUUUACUCUUGCCCUGCUCUCCAUCAUCCCCUUGGCCUACUUCAUCGGCCAGGCUGUGGCCUCAAUCUCAGCCCAGUCCUCGAUGGGCCUGGGUGCCGCCAUCAAUGCGUUUUUCUCAACCAUCGUAGAGGUGUAUCUCUAUUGCGUCGCCUUGACCGAGGGCAAGGCCCAGCUCGUCGAGGGAUCCAUCAUCGGCAGUAUCUUUGCUGGUGUUUUGUUUUUGCCCGGCCUAUCCAUGUGUUUUGGCGCCAUCAAGCGCAAAACACAGCGGUUCAAUGUAAAAUCGGCCGGUGUCACCUCAACAAUGCUGCUGUUUGCCGUGAUUGCUGCUUUUGGGCCCACUUUGUUCUACCAGGUCUAUGGCAGUCACGAGUUGAAUUGUCAUGCGUGCACCGGACCGCUUGGCGCAGAGAGUCGGGACUGUCGCCAAUGUUAUUUUUCUCAAACUGCAGCGGUUCAAGACACGUUCUUCGAAAAAGCCGUCCAGCCUUAUGCAUGGUUCGCUGCCUUCCUCCUUUUUCUGUCGUACGUCAUCGGCCUCUGGUUUACUCUCAGGACUCAUGCUGCUUUGAUCUGGGCCGAAAAUGAAGAGAAGGAGAAAAAGCCCGCCAACAUGGCUUCUGAUUCACAAUCAUUUGAGCCAAGGCAGCACUUUCCAUCCGGAGGCCCGGAGGCAUCAGGCGCCAAUUCUGGUCACAGAGACUCUAUUCGCGAAUCCCACCUGUACAAGCGAAUUCUCGGCCAAUCGCUCCGACAUGUCGGCUUGGAUGAUGGUAGCUCAGGAAAAUGGGAGCAGACGGACGGCAGCUCAACGACGGCUAACAAGGCCCACACUCCGCACCUUGUGCCCCCACAAUCCAGUGACGAUACAACUCGUCCUGUAGCAAAGGCCAUCCGCGGCUUGACAGGUGAAGAUAAUGAGAGCCUUAUUCGUCAAUUUACCGAGAUUGCUACCACGGCUGCCACAGUAGCUGCUCGUGAUGCCCGAGAUGCUGUUCGGAAUCGCAAGCAUGCCACAUCGCAUACUGCCGGGCGACAGGGCGGCCGCGCUCUUGCGGAUCAGGGCAAGCUUCCGGCAGAAGAACAAGAAGACAUUGGUCUUGUUGUAGAGCCCACCCACGCGAGCGGAGGCCAUGAUGCCCCUAAUUGGAGUAAAUCCAAGAGUUCUAUCAUUCUGCUGGGUGCGACAUUGCUCUAUGCGAUCAUUGCAGAGAUCCUGGUCAACACAGUGGACGUGGUGUUGGAGAGUGUUGAUAUCGACGAGAAGUUCCUCGGUAUCACUUUGUUUGCCCUGGUGCCCAACACGACUGAGUUUCUUAAUGCUAUUUCAUUUGCUAUGAAUGGCAACAUCGCGCUAUCCAUGGAAAUUGGUUCGGCGUAUGCACUACAGGUCUGUCUAUUGCAGGUGCCCGCUCUGGUUCUGUUCAGUGCCCUGUAUACUCGCGGUAUUGAUGCAGCUUCCCUGGCGAGUCAUUCCUUCAACCUCAUCUUCCCUCAAUGGGACAUGAUUACCGUGAUCCUGUGCGUCUUCCUGCUGUCGUACGUGUACGGCGAAGGAAAGAGCAACUACUUCAAGGGGUCCAUCCUUGUUCUUACGUAUCUCGUAAUCAUCGUCGGUUUUUACCUCUCUGGUUACAGUAACAUGGACAGCAUGGGCGUGGAUCGAUUCGAUACUCUGGCCCUUGGUGCCAGCCGAUCCGAGAAGUUCUACACCAUUGGCCGGGCCACCACCGGUGUGGCAUACUAA